CUUCUCUCCUUCAUUUGCUCAUCACCGCUCAUCAAUCUUUUCUUUCUUUCCAUCACUCCUGCCUUUGAACUGGAGGGUGAAACUGCAACCACCCAUCACACUAACUCUGCAAACAAUGGUGCUAAUGAUAAUCAAAUUGGGUUCAAAUCAAGGGUUUCAGUUAUUGGUAGUGGCAGUUGGGGAAGUGUUGCUGCUAAACUCGUUGCUUUCAACACUCUCAACCUCAGCUCUUUUCAUGAUGAAGUAAAGAUGUGGGUAUUUGAGGAGACAUUGCAAAGUGGUAAGAAGCUCACAGAUGCCAUUAACCGCACUAAUGAGAAUGUUAAAUAUCUCCCUGGUAUUAAGCUGGGUAAAAAUGUCAUUGGAGAUCCAGACCUUGACAAUGCAGUUAAAGGUGCAAACAUCAUGGUUUUUGUCACCCCCCAUCAAUUUAUAGACAAUAUAUGCAAGAGCCUUGUGGGUAAAGUGAGGAGUGAUGCCGAGGCUAUUUCUCUUAUUAAAGGGAUGGAGGUCAAGAUUGAAGGCCCUUGCUUGAUCUCAACUUAUAUUUCCGAGCAGCUUGGCAUCAAUUGUUCCGUUCUGAUGGGGGCAAAUCUUGCGAGUGAGAUUGCUGAGGAGAAAUUCAGUGAAGCAACAGUCGGGUAUGGAAAAAAUAGAGAAAUUGCAGAACAAUGGGUUCAAUUAUUUACUACCCCUUAUUUCAUGGUUACUCCUGUGCAGGAUGUGGAAGGGGUUGAACUAUGUGGCACUUUGAAGAACGUUGUGGCCAUAGCAGCUGGUUUUGUGGAUGGACUUGACAUGGGAAAUAACACGAAGGCUGCGAUUAUAAGAUUUGGUCUGAGAGAGAUGAGAGAGUUCUGCAAGCUGUUAUUUUCAUCCGUUAAGGAUGAUACCUUCUUUGAAAGCUGUGGAGUUGCUGAUGUUAUCACAACAUGCUUCGGGGGAAGAAACAGAAAAGUUGCCGAGGCAUUUGCUAAGAAUGGAGGAAAAAGAUCAUUCGAUGAGCUUGAGGCUGAGAUGCUGCAGGGCCAGAAAUUACAGGGGGUACCAACGGCACGAGAGGUCUAUGAAGUUUUAAGGCACCGGGGAUUGUUAGAGUUGUUUCCUCUGUUUGCAACAGUGCACGAGAUCUGUAGUGGUUGUCUUCCACCAUCAGCCAUAGUUAUAUAUAGUGAGAAGAAACCAAGAUUGCCUGUCUGAGGACUCUGUACAUUGCCAUGGAUAAGACUAAAAUCUACCUCAAGUAGCUUCCUUCAUUUGCUCAUCAGUCAGUAAGCAUAACUGAGAAGAUCAAAAGCUUCGGUAUCUGAGAAGAUCACUUCAAGUAAAAUGGGUUUGACUGCUACAGUUUAGGAUGGUAGGAAGCUUUUAGGUUAACUCUAAAAGACUUUUGACACUUGCGAAGGGUUGCAAAUCUGGUUUUUACCACUGGUUGUUCUCUUAAGAUGAUUAAUGCCAUGUAGCCUGCAUAAUAAUCAGCUUACUGUUGAAUCGAAAAACCAAAGCUUUUACCAA